CAUCGAGCGGUGAGGAUCAACUCGCCUCACCACGCAGCGCAACAUAUAUUUUCCGCCGCAUUUCUCUCGACCACAAACGGUGCCCGGUGCGGUGUGCGCGCAACAUAUUAUUCGGUGUUCGGUGCAUCCUUACGCAAGUGUGUGUGUUGGUUUGUGACGCAAAACUCGGGUGCAACUCUGGCGGCGCCGAGUGCAAGUGAACGGCGAAAAUCGGAGCAUAAACAAAAGCACACAAACAGAAUGGAUUACGCAAAUCUGGUGGCCCACGAGUCGGCGGGCAUUGGCAGCAAGCUGUCGGCGCUGGAGCCCGUGUCCCGCACCUACCAGUACCGGAAGGUGAUGAAGCCGAUGCUGGAGCGGAAGCGCCGGGCCCGGAUCAACCGGUGCCUGGACGAGCUGAAGGAGCUGAUGGUGUCGGCGCUCCAGUCGGAGGGCGAGAACGUGGCCAAGCUGGAGAAGGCCGACAUCCUGGAGCUGACGGUGCGCCACCUGCACAAGUUGCGCCGCCAGCAGCGGCUCGCCGCGAACCCCGUCAUCGACGCCGACCGCUUCCGGGCCGGGUUCACGCACGCCGCCAACGAGGUGUCCCGCUGUCUGGCCUCGACGCCCGGCGUCGACAUCAAGCUCGGCACGAAGCUGAUGACGCACCUCGGCCACCGGCUCAACGAUCUCGACAAAGUGUCCCCACUGACGGUCCACAUUGGCACUGGCGGCGCCGACUCCUCGGACUCCGGUGUUGGCAGCGGUGGCCUCCAAAACUCCUCGGGGGCCCCAUCAGCCCCAUCGUCCUCGUCGUCGAGUGGAGCCAGUUCUCCCCCCUGCUCACCGUGCUACUCGACCGGCCGCUCAUCACCGAUGGUCGGCUAUCCGAUGCCACUGACCCCACAGUCGUACCGCAGCGAAGAAUCCACCACGCUCCUGAUGGCCCCGUCGACGAGUCCUUCGCCGAAUCCGAGCGAAUGCGAGGACCAUCCGAUGACCGGCGUCUCGGCCACCGGCUCGGCCGAGGCAGGACUGCUAAAGCUCCAGCAAUCCGCCGUCGAGUCCGUGUGGCGACCGUGGUAGGCAGCCGCGGCCCCAUCAAAAGGACACCAAAUUCUUCCAAAUCCAAUAGAUCUCAUUUUACGAAAGACAGACAGCGAGAGAGAGAGAGAGCGAGGUGCAGGAUUUUUUGAGACAGAGACAGGGAGAGAAAGGUUUGCAGCUUUAAUAGUGUUAGUUUCGUGUUAGUCCUUAAGGUGCCCCGCCGCCACCGACGAGUUAACGUUUUUGCCCAGUGACUAGUUGCUCUAGGAGUUCUCGAGUACAAGACUUGCCGGGCGGUGUUGAGACUGUUUUGUUUUGAAGGUGGAGAGGAUCAUUGUGAUAUACUAAGUAGUUAAAGUAGGACCGGAGCGCGAGCGAAGAGUUGUUAAGAAAUCUGCAUUUAGAAACAGUUCUCAGAAGCAGACGAGCGGGAGAAGCCCAAAUAUUCAGUUCAAAGCCAGUGCAUUUUAGUUGCGAACUUCCGAGGAGGAGGUGUUGUUGUUAGUAAUAGAGGAGGUGGCACUCCUUGUGAUUUCAUAUUGUUCAGUACACAACAGACACAUAAAUCAAAAGAAAGAGAGAAGCAAUGGAGUG